UUUUCAUAGACACCAAAUUUGUUAGCGUUAUUAUUUUAUAGAUAUACAGAAGUUGUGUGCUAUGACACGUGUUUAACUCUUACACUUAUACCAGGGACAUUCUGUUUGAUGUUCUACUCAGCUUUUGUAUUGAUGAACUUGCAUACGCUGCAAGGUAGCGUGCACAACAGGCUCGCGCGAGAUAAGGAAGUGUAGUUUGUUGACAUAGCUUGAGACGGGGGGACCUGUGUCGGGCACAUCAUCAGCAUGAUGAUGUUGUUAUGAUACUUCUCACGUAUAAAAGCGUAAUAACGCCAAUCCCAUCUUUCCUAUGGGUUUAAAUGAAAUAGCAGUGGCCCUUUGAUAUUAAAAAUAAAGUUAUUGAAGGUCCAGGCAGCCUCUAGCUGGCCCUUGUCCAGUGACAGCCAUGGCAGCCCAGACUCCCUCCCAGUCUGCCCUGCGAGAGUUUUGUCCUCUCUACUACCUGCUCAAUGCCAUCCCUGCCAAAGUGCAGAAGGGCUUCCGCUCUGUGCUGGUCUAUCUGACGGCUCUGGACACCAAUGCUGACUACAUUGCAGUGGGCAGCAGCAUCGGCAUGCUAUAUCUCUACUGCAGGAGGGUCAGUCAGAUGAACAAGUACAACCUAGAGGGUAAAUGUGAGGCAAUCACAGCGGUCAAACUUCUGAGUUGUUUUGAUGACUUGGUUGCCGUGGGCACAGCAUCCGGCAGGGUGGCACUCUUCCAACUGGUGUCACAGCUUCCUGGCAGAAACAAACAGCUGAGGAGGUUUGAUGUGGUGGGUCUGCACAAGAGCCCAGUGACAGCCCUGACCUGGAGCCCCAACGGCAUGAAGCUGUUCUCUGGAGAUGACAAGGGCAAGGUGGUCUACUCCGCCCUGGACCUGGACCAGGGCGUGUGUAACCCCGUGCUGCUGUUUGAGGAGGCCUCAGCCAUCGUGCAGCUGGAGUACUGCCAGAAGGUUCUACUGGUGUCCACGCACCAGCGCUCGGUGCUGUUUCACACACAGGAGCAGGCUUUGCAGCAGCUGGGCGCCAAGCCUCGCAAGAGCAAUGGGAAGUUUGGCGCGUGCUUCCAGCCGGGGCUGUGCAAGCAGAGCGACCUGCAGGUGUUUGCGGCGCGGCCGGGCCUCCGGCUGUGGCGGGCGGACAUCAAAGGCAUGGUGGAGGACACCCGGCUGCUGAAGCCCCUGUUCAACCUGGACGUGCCCCACUUCCAGCUGUUCCCCCGGGCCGGGCCCUCGGGGGGUUACCGGCCCCCGGAGAGACAGCUGGGCCUGGUCUGCUGCUUCCUGCGGGAGGGCUGGCUGCUCAGCUGGAACGAGUACAGCGUUUAUGUCAUCGACUGUCUCAACCAGGUGAUUAUCGGAUCGCUGGAGAGCAGUGGAGACAUUGUGUCAGUGUCCUGCACCGAGAAUGAGAUCUUCAUCCUGAAGGGAGACCGGGACAUCGUCCGCAUCUCCACCAGCCCCGAGGGCCUGGUCUCCAGCGUGUCGGACCUGUCUCUCCGUCUGAGCUCCCCCGUGACUCCCACCCUCCUGCUCCCGCCCACGGGCUCCGUAGAAACAGCCCAGCCAAUCCGAACCAUGCCCAUCAUUGUCGAGCAGCAUAGAGGUGGAGGGAGGGCAGAGGAGGAGGAGAUGGUGGGGGAGGAGGAGGUGGAGGAGGCGGAGGAGCAGCAGGAGCAGCAGCACAGUGCCAGUCCCCAGGAGGGAGGGUUUGGGGCGGAGGGGGAGAGGCCGGGGGUGGUGGAUGUGGGGGUGGAGGUGUGGAUGCCGAGGGGAAGCGUCGGGGGAACCAGCGAGUCUCGUAGCCGCAGCAGCUCCAUCACAUCCUGGGACAGCGUCCAGGGGAUGCUCAUGACCUCGUCCUCCACCACGGAGCAGUCCGAGAUGAGCUCCAGUCGCUACAGCGCCCCCCUGCCCCUGGAGGACCUGGUGGUGAAGGCCAUCAAGGUGAAGAAGAAGGGGAAGAGGAGGAGGCAUGAGAGUGGCAGUGGUAACCGUCUGUUCGAGCACAGCAGCUGGUCAGAGAACAUGUUCAGCCAGGACGGGGGCCUCAGUGACGGGGGCAGCGGUGGCACCCCUGUGAGUGACCCCACCAGCCUGCUGUACAGCAGCCUGGACCUCCAGAGCAACGACUCCCCCGAACAGGACCCCAGCGGCCGGCCCGCCACCCCAGAACCCACCCCCUCCCGGUCCACCAACGUCCCACCCGGUCCUCCAGACUCCCUGCCCCUCCAGGAGAUGGAGACCCAGGACGACUCCGGAGGGGGCGAGGCCCCCACCCCUGACGUGGACCUCCUGCUGGAGUGCACCUUCUCCUACAUGCAGGCGUCCGACGAGCAGGAGCCAGAUCCAAUGGAGGAGCAGGAGGACGAGUUCCCUCUGAUUGGUCUGGAGGACUCGGAGGCGGAGCAGGACGAUCUGGAGCCUCCGGCCUGUGCUCUGGAUCAGAUGGGGGACUCGGCAGAGCGCGAGCAGGGCCCCUCGAGUGACGAGGAGGACAUCUACGCUCAUGGGGUGCCCUCCAGCGCCAGCGUGGGUGAGGGGCUGAACUCGGCCAGCCUGCAGGGAAACGACAGACAGCAGGACGAGGACAAGAGCAGACGCAAGGCUGACCAGCUGGCGGAGAGCUGGAUGGGCUACUCAGGGCCUGGCUGUGGCAUCCUGAGUCUGGUGGUGACCGACAGGUUCGUGUGGUGUCUGGACUUUAAGGGGAGCCUGUACUGCAGCGCCCUGCCUGACGGAGGCCUCAGCUGGCAGCGCUUUGAGGACAACGUCCACCAGGUGGCGCUCUCCCCCUCAGGCUCCCUGCUGUGGAAGGUGGAGCAGAAGACCAUGACAGCCUACGCCUGCGGCAAGGUCACCAUCAAGGGCAAGCGCCACUGGUACAAGGCCAUGGACGAGACGGCCUUUGUGGCUCUGAGCGACGACGCGGCCUGGAUCAUCCGCACCAACGGAGACCUCUACCUGCAGACAGGUCUGAGCGUGGAGCGUCCGUGUGCGCGGGCCGUGAGGGUGGACUGCCCCUGCCCCAUGUCCCAGGUGGCUGCGAGGGGCGGCGUGGCCUGGGCGCUCAGCGAGCAGAGAGCCCUCUUCUACCGGGAGGGGCUCAGCAGCUUCUGCUCCGAGGGGGAGAUGUGGAAGUACGACAAGAUCAGUGAGGGCCAGGGUCUGGAGCCCAUCUGCAUCUCCCUCGGGGAGAAGGGCACAGUGUGGGCCCUGGACACCAGCGGCAGCCUGUGGUUCAGGACCGGAGUCACCACCAAGAAACCUCAGGGAGACGACCAGCACUGGUGGCAGGUCAGUAUAACAGACUACGUGGUGUUCGAUCAGGGCAGUCUGUUCCAGACCCUCAUCCAGGCCACCCACAGCAUGGCCACGGCCACCAAGGCUCCGGUGGAGCGCGUGGCCGAGUGCCUGCGCGUGGCCUUCCUGUCCCAGCAGACGCAGUGCCAGCCCAGCCUGGUCAGCUCCAACGCCAACGGGGUCUGGAUCGCUUCAGGACGCAACGACCUGCACGUGGCCAAGGGCAGCCUCAUCGGUACCUUCUGGCAGGGUGUGGUCCCCAGAGGGACAGUGUCUGCCACCAAGUGGGCCUUCAUCACCUCAUCUGCCGUGUCCAGUAAAGAAGGGACCUUCUUGUGGCUGGGGCAGAGCCGGAGGGACCUGUUCUGCGUGUGGGACCAGGACGGCCAGCUGCGGCCCUCCACCGUGCAGCUGCCCCCGGAGGUGGAGUUUGGCCAGCUGUCCGCCUGCAGGGAUGCCCUGUGGGGCCUGGACCUGCACGGCUGGGUCCACAUCCGCACCCUGUCCCCCACCUGCCCCACCGGCAUGACCUGGACCCCCUUGGACCUCAGCCAGCUAGGCCGUGUCCGUCUGGUCAGCGUGUCGUGUGGGAGCCAGAACGUGUGGGCGUGUGACAGCCACGGCUUGGUCUACUUUCGGGUCGGAACCCAACCUUUGAACCCCAGCAUGAUGCUGCCUGCGUGGAUCUGCUUAGAACCACCUGAACAGCCCGUAGGAGUCCACCUGGUCAGUGUCCACACCAGCCCCAACGACCGCAUGCUGUGGGCGCUGGACAACCGAGGCAAUGUCCAUGUCAGGACGGCCAUCAGCGAGGAGAUGCCCGUGGGCACAGACUGGGAGCACAUACCAGGUCUGCAGGCCAGCCAGCUGGUUCUGAGUCUGAGGACGGUGUGGGUCCGCUGUCCCAACGGGGAGGUGGCCAGGCGCUACGGCAUCACAGACAAAAACCCAGCUGGAGACUACUGGAAGAAGAUCCCUGGUGUGGUCCACUGCUUCACCGUGACCCCCCAGGAUGAGCUAUGGGCCGUGGGGACAUCAGGAGGCCUCACCCACCGCCUCACCAAGACCCUGCUCCACACCCCAGCCAAGUCCCACGCCAACACAGGCUCCCUCAGCGGAGAAGACCUGGAAGACGAGUGGGAGGUCAUCUAAACAUGAUCCGACCACUUCAUGAAAGCACUCAAAACUACUUCCUGGUUGACGAGUCAGAGGUAAUUGAAGGAGUUGGUUGGUCAGAGACUUUGUACAGCCAUGUGUGUACAGUUAUCAGCGUGCAAGAUGCUUUAUGUUGUCAACUGGAGAAAAGAAUACACCCACACUGUAGUUUGAGCCAAUUUAGCGUAGCUAACAAAUAAAAUAUGUUCUUGAAGAGGACUGUAUUUUAACAAUUUCACAUUUUUAACAAUCCUGGUCAGAAACUUUGUAGGGGUCUAUACCACAACGCAGGUCGGGUAUUUUAUCUUUUUAGGUUUUGCCCCUUUUCAUCCUCCAGAUUGAUUUAGUGUCACUAUGUUACUAUGUCUAAUUCACUUAAGGGAAAGCGGCUGGAUUUGUAUUUAGCUUGUGAGCACUUUACGCCCUCUUGUCUGUCUGACAUUAGCCUGAUGUGUGCAUCAUGUUGUUGAUGGUGUGUACAGAGGCUCAGUGGACAGUCAGUAAGCUGGGAUUGGGAGGACUUUCAGUUCAGCCUUGUACCUCUUGGUCCUGUCAGAUAGCACACCUUUCUAGCUAGCCGAGGAAACUGGUGCUGAGUGAACUUUAUCAGGGCAAAACUCUGAGCUCUUGUAUUCUGUUGCAGAGCAAACCAUAAAACGUUUCCUAAUGCAUCUAAGGAAGGGGGGGGGGCAGUCUGAAAAGUAUUUGUUAUUCUUGUUUCACCUUUUUACGUUGUUUACACGACCUGCGGAUGUCCUCGGAAGUGAACUCAUGAACUCACUUUUUAAGAAAUGUGGAGCUCCCGUUUAAACAGACCCCUUUGCUCCAUCCCUGACUGCAGGGAAGUGAAUCGCUUUAUUGUUUAAUAGUUAGAAUGUUUGCACAAUAGGAUUGAGAGACAGUCCACCCCCAACACAGCACUAUUCUCCAUAGCUCGGCAACCAUCCACUGUAAAGGGACUCGCCACUCAUAUUGUUUCAUACAGAUUGAUGUUGUAUAUAAACCACACCACCAAACUGACUCUUUCCUCUAUAGGGGACGUAUCCAGCUUCACUAGGAGGCUGACACUGUCGGCUGAACCGCUUAUAGCUCAUCCAGCAUCAUAGGACGAAAUACAUAGAACCAAGGAAUCUGUGGGGUCUCUGUAGGGGGUGAAGUAUGUCCAUGAUCCACACCCAGGGAACUAGGAGGACGGUUGAGAUCUGUGAUUUCUUUUUACUGUAUAUUGUAAAAGCUAUGUAACAUACGUGUAACAUGUGAAGUGCUUCAGCUGAGAAGAUAUAGCGGGUGAGGGUGAAGCUGUGGUCUUCUGGUGCGUCUGUAACACUGUGUGAUGCGCUGGGGUUCGAUACAGCUGCUAGACAAAUAUCAAACAAAACAUCAAUACAAUGCCACAGUAGUGAUUACAACAACAAAAAACGAAACUCCUACGCCUUAUGUCAAGGGGGAGGAAAGGAAACCUCACUGAGCUCCAGUCACAGGUCAGGUGUUCAGCUGUGCUCUGCCUGUUUCUCUCGUUUGUGCUGGGAGAUGACUCAAGAACAAGCACACCCCUAGACAAACCUCAGCUUGUCAGAGCGCAGCUGUAUUUGGUUCACUUGUUCUGCUCACCAGGUCAAGCUCCUUUAAUCAAACUGCUGACUAACGACAUGACAGUGCUGUAAAGUGUUGGGCUCUGACACCCAUGCUUGUUUGUCUACUGUGGAGCAGGGCAGGAACUGGCUGGAGCUGGGUGACCUUUUAUAGCACCACUGUUUGAAAUGACAGGGAAAGGGAAUUCUACCGACAAACCUAAUGUAGAGCCCAUAUCCAGCUGUAAACAUCUACAUUACAAAUGCUGCGUAGCGUAGAAGAGUAGAUGUCUUGGAAGUUGCUUGUAAUCACAACUAUUGACCAGGAAAUAUGUGUCAAAGCUCACCUGAACAUGCCAGGUACUAUAAACAUAACUCACUGAUCUGGCUUGAGAACAUAACAUAAUCUACAGCUGUAGCUACUUUUCGGUUUGCUUAUAAUGAACUUGUGCGUCGUGUCUGUGAAGGUAGCUUGUAGCUUUCAGUAAUGAGCCCAAAUGCUGUGUUCGUGUUCACCGCGUUAAAUAGCAACCUGUAAGGAAAAGUAGCUAGGUUUAUGACACAUUAUGCCUCCAUGAUAUACUGCUUCUGUCAUUGCCCGUAGGCUGCCUGUCUACUGGACAUCAGGGUGUCCAGACUAUCACUCUUAAUAGCUCAUUAAAAUUGAUGGGUGUGUUUGAUUUAACUCCCAUCAUACCACCACUGAGUGUCAUGGUUCUGAAGACAAAUGGAAUCCCAUCCUCAGCUGUAGACAAGGUGCGCUAUACCAAACGCUCUCUCACUUGACAUGGAACUAGGGGUAGACCUGAAGGGAAUCUAGGGCUUUUGUCCAGAAGGUAUUUUUUCCCUGUAUGUCUAUAUUGGACAGAAUACAUUCACCCUGUAAGAUGACUGGUUACCUGCUGAAUCCUGUAAUAAAAUCUCUAUGCCUUUCCUCAUUGUUAACUUCCUAAAUAAAGAUGUUUACAUAUCUGUAA